GAGGCGACAAGAGGAGAAGAGAACCUUUAAUAUUGGAUUUGUGUCCGACGGCAGCAAGAAGAUCUUUGCCGAUCGCAGCAACGAGGAGGCCCUCGACUCGGACGUGUACAGGAGGCUGUACACCGACGCGGAGAGGCGGCAGAAGCUGGAGAAGCAGGAGCCGCUGGACGGCGAGACGUACACCUUCAGGCCCGACAUCGGGGCCGAGAGCGAUGAAUUCCAGCUCGAGCUGGCCAAGAGACUGGUGCCCUGGGAGAAGCGCAG